UAGCAGGGCGAGCUGGGAACCAGUGACCGCUCGCUUCCUCCGGGCUGUGCCCUUCCUGACGGGAAGGAGCGCGCUGCGCCGGUGGCCGCGGAGCGGGCGCGGGGCGAGCGCGGCCGGGAGCGGCCGGAGCCGGCCCCGCUCGGCAACCCGGCGGCUCUUUUGUUGUCCGCGUCCGCAGCGCCGGGGGAAGGCGCCGGGCUGGGGGCACCGAUCCUCCUCGCUGCACCAUGACAGAAGAAAGCAAGGGGGAAGGCAAGGGGGAGAGCGGGAAGGACUUGGAGAAGCAGCUCCGCUUACGCGUGUGCGUCCUCAACGAGCUGCUCAAGACGGAGCGGGACUACGUGGGCACGCUGGAGUUCCUGGUGUCGGCUUUUCUUCACCGAAUGAUCCAAUGUGCUGCAGCCAAAGUGGACAAAAAUGUCACAGAAGAAACAGUUAAGAUGUUGUUUUCAAAUAUUGAAGAUAUUCUUGCAGUUCACAAAAACUUCCUGUCCCUUGUGGAGGAUUGUUUACAGCCAGAACCUAAUGCACAGCAUGAAGUUGGAACCUGCUUUCUGAAUUAUAAAGAGAAAUUCCGUAUCUAUGAUGAGUACUGUAGUAACCACGAGAAGGCACAGAAAGUUCUUCUUGACCUGAACAAAAUCAGAACAGUGCGGACGUUUCUUUUGAAUUGCAUGCUCCUUGGAGGACGUAAAAACACAGAUGUACCCCUGGAGGGAUAUCUGGUGACACCAAUACAGAGAAUAUGCAAGUAUCCCCUUCUUUUGAAGGAAUUACUGAAGCGGACUCCAAGGAAGCACAGUGACUAUGCAGCUCUAAUGGAAGCUCUCCAGGCCAUGAAAGCUGUCUGUUCCAACAUAAAUGAGGCCAAGAGACAAAUGGAAAAAUUAGAAUUUUUGGAAGAAUGGCAGUCUCAUGUUGAAGGAUGGGAGGGGUCCAACAUCACAGACACAUGUACAGAAAUGCUGCGAAGUGGACUGCUACUGAAAAUUUCAGCAGGAAAUAUCCAGGAGAGGAUAUUUUUUCUUUUUGAUAAUCUUCUUGUCUACUGCAAAAAAAAGCACAGGAGGUUGAAGAACAGCAAAGCAUCGACAGAUGGCCACCGUUACCUUUUCCGGGGCAGAAUAAACACAGAAGUGAUGGAAGUAGAGAAUGUAGAUGAUGGAACAGCUGACUACCACAGCAGUGGCCACACUGUUAUUAAUGGCUGGAAGAUCCACAACACAGCAAAGAAUAAAUGGUUUGUAUGCAUGGCAAAAACCCCUGAAGAGAAGCAAGAAUGGCUGGAAGCUAUUUUGAAAGAGCGAGAGAGAAGAAAAGGUUUAAAAUUGGGCAUGGAGCAGGACACUUGGGUGAUGAUCUCUGAGCAAGGAGAAAGAUUGUACAAAAUGAUGUGCAAACAAGGGAAUCUCAUCAAAGACAGAAAGAGGAAAUUAACCACUUUUCCCAAAUGCUUUCUUGGAAGUGAAUUUGUGUCCUGGCUGUUGGAAAUUGGAGAGAUACACAAAUCUGAAGAAGGUGUUCAUCUUGGCCAAGCUUUACUAGAGAAUGGCAUUAUUCACCAUGUUACAGAUAAGCACCAAUUCAAACCUGAACACAUGCUGUACAGAUUCCGGUAUGAUGAUGGAACAUACUAUCCCAGAAAUGAGAUGCAGGAUGUGAUCUCCAAGGGUGUACGACUGUACUGUCGCCUUCACAGUCUCUUUACCCCAGUAAUUAGGGAUAAAGACUAUCACUUGAGAACUUACAAAUCUGUGGUUAUGGCUAACAAAUUCAUAGAUUGGUUGAUUGCCCAGGGGGAUUGCCGGACGAGGGAGGAGGCCAUGAUAUUUGGUGUAGCUCUUUGUGAUAAUGGGUUUAUGCACCAUGUGUUAGAGAAAAGUGAAUUUAAAGAUGAACCACUGCUGUUCCGUUUUUAUGCGGAUGAAGAAAUGGAAGGAUCAAAUAUGAAGCACAGACUGAUGAAACAUGAUCUGAAAGUAGUGGAAAAUGUCAUAGCCAAGUCAUUACUGAUUAAAUCGAAUGAAGGAACCUAUGGUUUUGGUUUAGAAGAUAAAAAUAAGGUGCCAAUUAUUAAAGUGGUUGAGAAAGGAUCAAAUGCUGAGAUGGCAGGCUUGGAAGUUGGGAAGAAAAUCUUUGCCAUUAACGGUGACCUGGUUUUUCUGCGGCCCUUUGGUGAAGUGGAUUGCUUCCUGAAAGCCUGUUUGAACAGCAGGAAGCCCCUGCGGGUCCUUGUGAGCACUAAACCUCGAGAGACAGUGAAGAUUCCUGACUCUGCAGAUGGACUUGGAUUCCAAAUCCGGGGUUUUGGCCCAUCUGUUGUCCAUGCUGUUGGGAGAGGAACAGUGGCAGCUGCAGCAGGUCUCCACCCUGGCCAGUGCAUAAUCAAAGUGAAUGGAAUUAAUGUCAGCAAAGAGACUCAUGCCAGUGUUAUUGCUCAUGUCACAGCCUGCAGGAAGUACAGGCGGCCAAUGCAGCAAGAUUCUAUACAGUGGGUUUACAACAGCAUUGAAAGUGCACAGGAAGAUCUUCAGAAAACAAGCACCAAACCCUCUGGAGAUGAUGGAGGUGAUGCCUUUGACUGUAAAGUGGAAGAGGUAAUUGACAAAUUUAACACUAUGGCAAUAAUUGAUGGGAAGAAGGAUCAUGUGAGUCUGACUGUUGACAAUGUUCAUCUAGAGUAUGGAGUGGUUUAUGAGUAUGACAGCACAGCUGGAAUAAAGUGCCAUGUCUUGGAAAAAAUGAUUGAACCAAAGGGAUUUUUCAGUUUGACUGCAAAGAUUCUUGAAGCACUGGCAAAAAGCGAUGAACAUUUUGUGCAGAAUUGCAACAGCCUCAAUUCCUUAAAUGACGUGAUCCCCACUGAACUUCAGAGUAAAUUCAGUGUCAUUUGCAGUGAGAAAAUUGAGCAUAUCUACAGAAGAAUCUCUAGUUAUAAAAAGUUUUCAAGAGUAUUAAAAAACAGAGCUUGGCCUACCUUCAAACAAGCUAAGUCAAAGAUUUCACCACUUCACAGCAGUGAUUUCUGCCCAACCAAUUGCCAUAUCAAUGUGAUGGAAGUGUCUUACCCAAAGACCUCAACUUCCCUUGGUAGUGCCUUUGGUGUACAGUUAGACAGCAGAAAACAUUCUUCCCAUGAAAAGGAAAAUAAAAACACUGAUCAAGGUAAACUGAAUCCCAUGAUUUAUGUCCAACACACCAUUACUACUAUGGCUGCCCCUUCAGGACAGUCCCUUGGCCAGCAAGAGGGCCAUGGCCUGAGGUACCUCUUAAAAGAAGAAGACUUGGAAACACAAGAUGUCUAUCAAAAAUUGCUGUUCAAAUUACAAGCUGCACUGAAAGAGGUGGAAACAUGUGUCUGUCAAAUAGAUGACCUUCUUUCUUCAAUAACAUAUUCACCCAAAUCAGAACGUAAAACGCCUGAGCCUUUGAUACCAGCAGACAGUGAUAAUGAGAAGGGUGAAAGGAAUGGGAAGAAAGUCUGUUUCAGUGUAACAGGUGAUGAACAAGAAGAUUCUGGUCAUGAUACCAUCAGUAACAGGGAUUCUUACAGUGACUGCAACAGCAAUAGGAACUCAAUUGCCUCUUUCACCAGCAUUUGUAGCAGUCAGUGCAGUUCUUAUUUUCACAGUGAUGAAAUGGAUUCAGGUGAUGAGCUUCCCAUAAGUGUUCGAAUCUCCCAUGAUAAACAGGACAAGCUUCAUAGCUGCUUGGAGCAUCUUUUUGGUCAAGUAGAUUCCAUUGCCAAUCUUUUGAAAGGACCAGCUGUGAUGAGAGUCUUUGAGCAGACAAAGUACUUUACACCAGGACGAGGUCUCCAAGAGUUUCAGCAAGAAAUGGAACCAAAGCUGAGCUGUCCAAAGAGGCUACGGCUCCACAUCAAGCAGGACCCUUGGAACCUCCCCAGCAGUGUCAGGGGCCUCGCCCAGAAUAUCAGGAAAUUUGUUGAAGAGGUGAAGGCACGAAUACUCUUGGCACUUCUAGAAUAUACAGAUAGUGAGAUCCAGCUGAGGCGGGACAUGGUCUUCUGCCAGAGCCUGGUGGCCACGGUCUGUGCCUUUUCAGAGCAGCUGAUGGUGGCCUUAAAUCAGAUGUUUGACAACAACAAAGAGUAUGAGAUGGAGACCCUGGAGGCCAGCAGGAGGUGGCUGGAACAGAUAGCCAGUGCAGGUCUUCUCCUCCAUUUCCAGUCCCUGCUCUCUCCAAACCUGGCUGAUGAACAAGCUAUGCUAGAAGAUACACUGGUUGCAUUGUUUGACUUGGAAAAAGUUACUUUCUACUUCAGACAAUCAGAGCCAGAACCACUAGUUGCAAAUGUACCAAUCACGUACCAAGCAGAAGGAAGCCGGCAAACACUGAAGGUUUACUUCUACCUUGAUGGUUACCAUUUUGAACAGCUUCCACAAAGGCUGAAGAAUGGAGGAGGAUUUAAAAUCCACCCAGUACUUUUUUCACAAGCACUGGAGAGCAUGGAAGGAUACUAUUACAGAGACAGUGUCUCAGUGGAAGAAUUUCAAGCUCAGAUUAAUGCUGCCUCCCUAGAAAAAGUCAAGCAGUAUAACCAGAAGCUACGGGCAUUCUACCUGGACAAGUCAAACUUGCCUCCAAAUUCAACAUCUAAAGCAGCUUAUAUAGAUAAGCUGAUGAGGCCCCUCAAUUGCGUGGAGGAGCUGUACCGGCUCAUAGGGUCGUUUAUCCGGUCCAGGCGCACGGCCGCCUGCGCGUACACCGCCUGCAGCGCCUCCGGGGUGGGGCUGCUCUCCGUGGCCUCGGAGCUCUGCAGCAGGCUGGGGGCCUGCCACAUCAUCAUGUGCAACAGCGGCGUGCACCGGUGCACUCUGAGCGUCACCCUGGAGCAGGCGAUCACGCUGGCCCGGAGCCACGGGCUGCCGCCCCGCUACAUCAUGCAAGCCACGGACGUCAUGCGCAAACAGGGUGCAAGAGUACAAAACACAGCCAAGAAUUUAGGAGUGAGGGAUCGAACACCACAGUCUGCGCCAAGAUUAUACAAGCUGUGCCAGCCACCACCACCUGUUGGAGAAGAAUGAGGAGAUCUGCUCCAGAAAACAACCCAGUAAUGGCCUUUAGGACACUGGGACUUUAUGAGAAAAAUCCAUCUGCACUAUAGCAGUAUCUCCCUGCAGCUUUGAUAAAUAAGAAAAUAAAUCUUUUACUCAGGACAAAGAAAGAAACACAUUGGCAUUGAAAAAUGUCUUCCCAAAAGCAUAUCUGAAAUCUGUGCACUCCAAUCUUACACUCAUAGGAUAAUACUCUUCCUUGGGAAUUUUACACUGGAAUCAGAUUAAGUUGAUGUGUCUUGUUCAGCCACAUGAUAGGUAUAGCCAGCAGCUUGAAAAACAGUCUUGUUCAGAGGGAAUGUCUUCACUUGUACUCUAUGCAGAAAUAUUUCUUGUGGAAGCCUAGAUAAACUAGGCUUGAUAAUGAGCAUGCACUUCAUAUGGGGCCCUUUGCACUUGAUAAAGCUUUUUUUCCUGUCACCAUCAUAAUUUCUUGGAAUGUUGACUUUACUGUUUCAAGAAUACAAUGUGAAGUUUAACGAUGAAAUGCUCAUUUCAGAAUUGUGUUUAAAGGCUGCAGGCAGCUGCUAUGGAUGUGUGUUUGUAAUCAGUAAAUUCAGCCAUGUCUGAAGCAGUGCUUGUCACACUGCUUUGGAAGGAGGUCCUACAAGGCAUUAGGAGUGCCUAAUGCUAUGGCAUACAAGGUAAAGUUCUGCCCUUUUGCAGCUGCCAUUAUAAUGGAGGAGAAGGAUGAGUCUGAUCUUCAUCCAUUGUUAGGCUGAGUUUCAGACUCAUCAAAUAGAUGUUUUACAUUUACAUUUCUGCAUUUCAGAGUUUUCCAGAGUUGUGUAUAUUCUUCUAUAGCACUACACUAACAAAUCUACAUGAGGCAGAGAUGAGUCAGUAUUGUUCAACUGGAAAUGAUUGAUUGAAGUUCAAGCAUAGUUUGGGGCUUUGAUGUUUUAUGCUACCAUUUUCCAAAUUUGUCAGAAUUGUUUUGCAUAGCACCUCAGUUCUUUGGAGUGGUAAUUGUUAUAGAUUUAUUUUGAAAUUGUACUAACUACUUAGAGAGCCCAGGGAGAAUUUGUCUGCAUUUGGCUGUUCUUUUGGCCAAAGCAUUUUCAGAGAAAAUGCCCCCAAAUGAGGAUUUAUAUAUGAACACAUUAAAACAAAAACUGUAUUCUGAAAUAGUUCUACUUGUAGCAUUAGCUAUGUUCUCCAUUAGAGCACAUAUGCUGUCUGAAUAAAAUUUAUUUUUUGUACAACAGCAGCCUGUAGUUAUGCUGUAGCAAUCACAACAUAAUUUUUGCAUAUGAUCUAAAUAUUUAUGAAUCUAUCAAUCUACAAUAACUGAAAAUUCAAAAGGAUCUGUACUCUUGAAGAGAGUGGGUUUUUUUAAAGAGGAUAUUUAGGGAACUUGUUACUUUUCUCCAAAGGAGGAAUUAGAGCUCCUGGCUUUUUCAGUAUUCUAAAUGUUUUUACACAGACCUUAAAUUUGCUAAGAAUUUUUAUAUAUCCACAGAUACAUAUGUCUGUGCAUAUAUGUCCAUUUUAACAUGUAGUCGUAUCAAUUGCUGGUCCUACCAUAAAUUGAGAAUGUUUGCCUUAAACUAUAGUAAAGACAUGCAGUAAUGAACACUCCAGUAGCAACUUCACCUUUGUGCUUUAAAGUUUACUCUCUUUCAUAGUUACUGGAAGCUACUGAACUAUGAUCUUUUUGAUUUAAAAAAUUUAAUACUCAAAAGCAAAAUCAAAAUUUAAAAAAAAUAUUGCUUUUAAAGGCCUUUGUCUAGUAUGACCUAAUGCUUACACAUAAGAAAGAGCUAUGUUUUCUAUAAUUGCUGUUCUGUUCAGGAUCUCAUGCUUUCAGAUGUGUUUCAUUCAGAGCAGCAGUACUGGCUGUGGUAAUUCCUGCUCCAGGCAAAAGCACCAGUAAUUUCAGUUUCUGCUUGUCCAGACAUCAGAAGUACAGAGAAGCCAUAAGCACCUCAAGCCAAGGGUGUGCUGGUGUCAGCCUGGCUCUGAGCUCACAUCUCCCUGUGAGGUUUCCCCACAUGAGGCUUGAUUUACUGUGAGGAAAGUCAGCUGCAUGGAGCUGCUGAGCCUGUGUACAAUAAAAUAACCUAGAGGACAAAAUCUGCUGCAUGCACAUGCAUUAUUGUAACUACUCAUCGCUUUUUUUAUAUAGCAUUAAAAAUGGUAGGAGUGCAAAUGCUCAAAAUAGUGUCUCUCUAUAAUAUGAUAAUUCCCUGUUUCACUUUGUUGUUGAGAUUAUGGGAUAAUAGACAUUUUUAAGGGACAAAUAGUUAUAAGCCAGUCACUGGAAAAAUUUAUUUAGCUGUUGUUUCAUGAGUGUGCAUCAGAAGUCUUGGUCUCUUAUUUUGGUGUCUAACUUUUGGUCCUUUAUUCUUUUUUGCCCCCUCUGGAGACAGUUUUCAAAAAACUAUUCAGCAUUAUGAGCUUUAUUGGUGAUCCAUACUGCAAAAUAAAGUGUCUAUUUAGCCUGAUAUCAAAGGAGCUGAGAAACUUAACGCUUGAUUUUCUGGGAUUACAGGUAGCACAUAAAAAUAACAGAGUUGCUUAGUAACACACAGAAUGACAGAAUCAAUUAGUUUGGAAAAGAUCUGUGGGAUAAUUGAUUCCAACUUAUAGAUCGAGUCCAACCUAUUUUCAGAGGAAAUGGGACAUAAAUGGCCCACUUAUUGUCUAUUAAAAAGUGGGGAUCUGAUUUCUCAAAACGUUCUUCGAUGGCCUGUAUGAAACAUUGUGUGGUAUUCAGAUUAGUUUUCUUGUCUCUCUGCUUUCAGAGCACACUGCACAUUCUAACACUAUUCUAUUGACUUCUAACAAUAUUAAAUGGACUUAUUCAAGUCCAUUCUUAAAAUAUAAAUUUAUACAUGUUCAUUAUUAAAGCUGUUUAUUUGGUUUGGUAUAGGUGUAGGACAUAUUUAUUCCUUAUACAAGGUGCACUUGCAGAGCAAAAACAAAAUCCAUUCUCAUCACAAUAUGUUUAUCCUCUUUUAAACUCACAGAUGACAAAAAGAUGACCAAGAGUGAUGAUUUACAAGAAUUUUAUCACCUAUAGCUCCUUAAAUCUUUGCUUUGACAGAAAUGGGUUAUGUAGCCUUUUCUUUACAACCAUGUGUUGUAUUGGUUUAGGGAAAGCAUUCUGUAUGUAAUUUUUACUUUUUCACCCAAGUCAAGCAUAAUUCUUCUGGGAAUAAAUGCAAGGAUCUAGAGGCAUACAUUACCAAAUACUACCAUGAUUCAAUGCUAGUCUAGGAAGGGAGAGUUACAGGCCAAGGAACAGCUGAAUUGCCAUGAGUUGCCAUAGCAUCCAUGCUUGGAGAAAACAGAUUUUAAGUAGAGCUUUGGCCUUUGUAACCAUCAUCUGUGAAUAACAGGAUGUUAAACAGUCUUUAGUCUAUGAAAUGGCUAUUGAUUCAGUGUACUUCCCCAAGCCAGUUAUUCUUUAAUACCUAUUUACCUUGUAGAUUUUAAAUGUAAAUAAAUAAAUAUAAAAAUGUAUAUAGUCCAGUUUUUCAAUCUCAAACUUUGUGUUUAGAGAUCUGUUUUAAAGUAAAUAUUCCUGCUGUUAGCUGCAGCAACCAACCAAUUUCAUGUCCACUGAGACAGCUGGAAUCUGUAGUGGCUUUUUGGGUAGAUUUCACUGGGUUUUAGGAAAUGCAUCAGGUUUUUGGACUGGUUUGUAUUUGUUUAUUUUAAUGUAGUCAAUAGUGGUCAGAACUGCUCUUCUUGGUUUACAGCCAAAACAAUUAAACUUCGGUCAACAAGGAUUUAUAGUAGUCAUACUUAAUUUCAUUUGUUAGAAUCCUUUAAUGGAAGAAAAAUUAACCACUUUUAUUGAUCUGUUUUUAGCCAGAGAAAUUCACAAGCAAACAUGUUUUAUUAAUUCUUUGUCAGAUGUAGUGUGUGUGUGUGUAUAUAUAUGUGUAUGUAUUUAAGACAAUUGCCUGAAUGUGAGUAUACACAUCAUGGUUAAGCAUGAUGCUCAAAAAAGGAAAGUGUCUUUCAUUUAUUUUCAUUUAAAUGAGAAAAUCAGUAGCUGUAGUAUAUAUCUGCAUAUUGUUCCACACUUUUUUACUUUACAGCUCCUUCAUGGAUGUCUGCCAGCAUUUUACGCAUAUUUUGCACUUUUUUUUAACAGUAUGAAAAGAGCUAAUGCAUUGCCUUAUGUAUUUUAUCUCUGUACUUGAUAAAUGCAGGUAGUGCUUUUCUAAUUGUACUCCAAAAGUACUCUGGCAUUGGUAAAUUAGAUGUGCAGUACAUACCUGACUCAGGAUACCUGGAUUUUUCAUCAUUAGGUUUUGAAGUAUAAAAAGAUAUUAAACUCAUAUUUUUGUAUGCUGACAAUUGUGUAGGGUUUUUUAUAUACUGUAUAUAUAAACCAAGUUUUCCUAAAGACUUUUUAUUAUUAUUAAUGUUUCCCUAUUCCUGCUAGAAGAUGUUGGUUUAUGUUUUCUUGUUACAUAUGUAUAAAUGAAGAUACAGCACACACAGUCAUGCAAAUGUUAACACUGUUGAGAAAUUUCAGAUUGUCCAGAGGCUAAUCAAGCUUUUUUUUUUUUUUUUUAAUGUUCUUCUCUAAAAAUAUAUAUAUCCAUACUAGAAAUCUGCUUUAGAAAUAACAUCUACUUCAGUUUGAAAAUCCUACAGAGUGUUCAAAGUAGUUGGGGCAUUUCUACAAGUACUUAGAUUUGGACUUUCAAGGGAAUACCCACGACAUCUUCUGUGUGUGUAUGUGUGUCCUAUCUGCAGUACCAUAUGCCAGAUUUUAAAAACUAAGCAGCCUUAACAACUUCUUUACACCCUGUAUAUAGUGUAUGUAUUUGGUUAUACUUGUGUUACUCUUUAAAAAUGAACUUAAUUUCUGCAUUGAGUAUUGCACACAUUUUUCAAAUUAAGAAUAUAUUUUGUAACAUCUCAUUAAGCACAAGAGACCAUUACUGCUUUGAAAUAUUAUGUGUAAGUACAGCCAUACACAGAAUGUCUCAGUCAGCUUUUGUUUGAAAACAAUCAAACUAGCAGUUCUGUGGGUAGUUGAGUUUGUUGGAAGUAAACUUUGGAAUUAAAGAUCCUUGGAACACGGAUUUAAAUUACUUUUUCCUUUAUUUUGUCAAGUGCCUCUGUAGCAUACUUGGAAUCAGUUAUAUCGAUUUUGGGUAAGACUAAUACUGUGUACUUUUAGAUCUAUGGUUUAUUUUUUUAGUUACAUAGUAAAGACUGGAAUGGUAACAAUGUAUUACAAAAUGUCAGCAAUAAAACUAUUCAUAAUAUGACCACUGUAAA